AUGAAUCUGAAAUUCUUGCAAACUCUGAUCGAACCUGAGGUAAGUGAUAGCAAUUUGAUGAUAAUGGUUAAAGAAUUCGAUCUCCCGAAUCCCCAGCAUCGCAUAUUCCCCCAACGAUCGGAAAUUGGCCAUAGCCACUAAUGAUCGGGUUAUUCAUCUUUUUGAUGACAAAGGGAACAGAAAGGAUAAGAUCAACACAAAACCCAUCGAAUCCCAGGUAAAUAUGUCUCUAGGUACUCUAAAUACAAUUUAUUCAGUACGGAAAACAAAGCUACAAGAUACAAAGUGUUUGUUUUUCCCCAGAUUCCACAAAAUUGGCAGUCGCGCAAACCGAUACAAUUGUUUUUGUGUAUCGUUUGGGAGAAUCUUGGUAAGGCCAAAAAUUUUUAAACGCGUUUCACCACACUUUGAAGCUUUGCCUGGCAGCGGUGCCUCAUAAUCCAGUGGAACUUAAUAACCAUAAGGAAUUUAACAAUCGCUUUCUUUGUUUUGUCCCAAGUUACCGUAUGUAUGGCGGAUUAGAGUAACUUUCUCUCAAAAAAGUUUAACUAACAGGGGAAGUAUCCCAAGUGCGACGCUCAGAUUUUGAUGAAACUUGUCACAAAUUUAGAAUAAUUUUUUCUAAAAUAUAUGCGAGAAUCCUAGCUCGCGCUUUGCCGAAAACACCGAGAUUUUUAGGUCGAAAGUCGACGAAAAUUUGAGACUUUUUGUCGAAUUUCGGCACCAAAAGUUGGAUCCCUAUUUCUACCGUAAAGUUUGAUGUUUCCACAAAAAAUUAAUUUUUUCCGCACGGAACUAGCAAAGUUAUGGCCAAAAAGUGUUUCGCUCUCUGACCGCUUUCCGCGUUUAGCGUACUCUCUCGGCCGUAAAGACCGUGCUUCGCCUUCGAAGCGCGAGCUAAAACUUUCAGGAAUUGAUAUUUAAUCUACGCCCGAAGCGUAUGCAAAAUCUAAAGAAAAUCUGAACGUCGCACUUGGGGUACUUCCCUUGUAAACAAAAAAAAAACAAUGCGAUUUUGAGAAUGAAUCAAGUUACGUGAAAUUUGGUAUGAGAACUUUAUGAGACACUCUGACAACAUAACCAGAAAAUCAUUUCACUUUCUUGGCAAAAGGCCAAAUCUACUCGGGGAACUUUCGAAGGAAACCGAAUUUUUUCGGCGACGUCGCCGGAUGCACCGCGGCCGCGGCGGGUUCUCGCAGAAAAGUGCAAGUCGCUAGUGCAAAGAGGGGUACGCAGUGAAGAAAACGUUCUCUUUAAUCGCUCUAUUUUCUACAAUAGGGACGAGAAGAAAGUAAUCUGUAACAAAUUCGUUCAAAGUUCUGCGGCCAAUGUGUUGGCCUGGCCUGAAGAGAGUAAACUUAUAGUCGGAUUGGCCAAUGGAAGGAUCAGAAAUGCUUCUGUGGGAUCCAACAAAUGCUCCACUCUGUACAAAACUGAUGUUUUUACUAUUUCCCUCUCCGUACAGUAAGUCUACUUUAAAUUUCAAAGUUUUAUUUUUAGUCCAAACAAAAAAUCGUUUGUUUCUGGCCAUUUGGAUGGUUCGAUUAUACUGUUUUCAUUCGAGAGUAAGGUCCAGGUGAGAGAAGUUUGAAAUUAAAACUUUUCCAGACUAAAAUAGUAGUCCAUUCCACAGCACCCUACUGUUUAUUGCGAUCAAAUUUUGGGAUUCUUGCCGCUGGCAGUGACCGAAGAAUUGUGUCGUAUUCUGAUCAAGGAAGAAUGAUCCAACAGUAUGAUUAUAACAAAGACAAUGAUGAAAAAGAAUUUACAACAGCUGUCAUAGACCCUUCUGGUCUUAACGCGGUGUUUGGAUCGUUCAACAAGUAUGCUUAUCCCAGUAAUGACAAUAAUAUUGUAGAUUACGGUUGAUGUCUUGGAAUCCGAAAAGAGGGGCUUGGGAUGAGGGAUCCGUUUUGGUGGUCCAGAAUAUGUAUUCUGUCUCCGCAUUGGCUUGGAGACCUGAUGGAUCAUCAGUCAUCUGUGUAAUCAAAAUUAUUCGAACCCCUGUUAUAGCCAUACUACUUUAGGGGACAAUGAUGGGUGGUGCAAUUUCGGUUGAUUGUUGUCUCCGAAGAGCUCUCCUGAAGAAUCGAUUCGUCACCACAUAUGUCUCCCCGUCUCAAGUCGUUGUGAAAGAUGUGGAGUCAGAACGACAGUGCUCCUUACGAUCACUCAAAGGCCUCAAUAUUAACGAUAUUAGGGUAGUCGGAAGGGCCAAUAGACAUGUUGUGGCCUACACCCCCAGCACUUUGGUUCUGGCUGAUAUGGAGACAGGUCUUUUCUCAGAAGUCACCUGGAAUUCUGGAGGGAACGAAAAGUUUUAUGUGGACAAUGAGAACGUCUGCAUGAUUGUAAAUGCGGGGGAAAUCAGUAUUGUUGAGUAUGGAAAACACGAUAUUAUUGGAUGGAUUCGAACGGAACGCAUCUCUCCUCAUCUGAUCAGUGUUCGAAUAGGUGAGAGCUCGAGGAAGACAAAAACACAACAUCGCCGGGUUGCCUACAUGCUAGAUAUCCACACAAUAAACAUCAUGAACCUGGACAAUAGCCAGAUUGUGUCUCAGAUUAAUCACGGAUCGACUGUGGAUUGGCUGGAACUAAAUGAUUCCGGAGAAAAAUUACUUUUCCGUGAUAUCAGAUCUACUCUUUUAUUGCAUGACAUCGAAACCGAGCAGACAUUUACUAUGGCUAACUUCUGUUCUUAUGUCCAAUGGGUCCCUGAGAGUGAUGUGGUUGUUGCUCAAUGCACCGAUCAGUUGUGCGUUUGGUAUAACACCGAUAAUGUGGAGCAAAUCGUCCAGAUCCCGAUACUCGGUGAUGUGGACGAUGUGCUGCGAGAUAAGGAGAGAACUGAAGUCAUUGUGAUUGUAAGUCAAGCAGAGUAAUUCGCAAAUAAAAUUAAGGAGAACAACGCCAAAGUGGCCUACGAAUUGGAUAAUACGUUGAUUGAAUUUGCUACGGCUAUCGAUAAUCGAGAUCUAAACCGGGCCUUGGAGUAUCUGGAGAGCAGUGAGAGAGACAGGACUGACAUCUCCUCUAUGUGGAGACAGAUGGCCUCUGUGGCGUUGGAAGAAGGGAAUCUCCUGAUCGCUCAACGAUGUUAUGCCGGUUUAAAUGACAUAUCAAGAGUCAGGUAAGACACAGGAAAAAUUGAAGGAAAUAUAUAGAUUCAUUGAGGACACCAUGGAUAUGAUGGCAGAUAAUAAGGACAGUUAUAAGGUAAAAGCAAGAAUGGCAUUAUUGCGGAGAGAUCUCAAGGAAAGCGAAAACAUCUACUUGUCUAAUGUGAGUCUGAAAGUCAUAUAAGACGCGCGCAUUAUGCACCACGAACUCGCCAAAAAAAUCGUCUUAUUUUCUUGUCUAGCAUAAAUAUUAUAUAGUAUGUAUGUAAGAAGCGAAGACAAGAACAGAGCGAAAUAGCAAAAUUUUUAAUAACCGGAAGGUUACGAAUUGCGCAACAUUACAUCAAAUUGCGCAACUAAUCAGGAAAGAAUUUUUAUACGGCCCGUUCGCAGGAGUAAUAGAACGCAGACAUGUUUAGAAUGCAACCGAAGAAGCCUUGGAGAUGUAUCAGAAACUCCAUCGAUGGUCGGCAUCAUUAGACCUGGCCAGGGCAACGGUAUUUUCGAUUAUCUCAAUUAACUCUCAAUUCAGAAUUAUCCGGAUCAAGAGGGAUUAAAGAUGAAAUAUCAGAGAUAUCUCCAUGAGACUGGUCAAUCGGAAAGAGCGGCCGAAUUGAAGGCCGAAGAAGGCAAACUGGUGGAGGCUGUGGAUCUAUUCUUACAAUCAAAUCGACCCGUCAUGGCCGCAUCACUACUUUCCGAACACAGGACUUUAGCCGAGGAUGACAUUUUAUGCAAUAAAGUGGCCGAAUCUCUUCACAAAAACAAAGUUUAUGCCAGAGCCGGUGAAGUUUACGAGCUUAAUGGACAAUAUGAGAAGGCGCUUGAGGACUAUGAAAUGGCACAAGCGUUUAACAAAGCCAUUAACGUGCGUAACAUAACUUGGUGGAGAUAACCCCUCGUCUUAAAAAUUAAUAUUGUUUAGAUCGCCCGAACUCGAUUUCCAGAUAAAGUAACGGAGCUGGAAGAGAAGUGGGGAGAUUCUUUGUGUAACAACGGCGAUUAUACCUCUGCCAUCAGUCAUUACUUAGGUAAAAUCUUUGCAUAACCUUCAUUCCUUCUAAGAGAGUGGAGCCAAUGAAAAGGCCGCUGAUGCAGCGAUCAAAGGGAAAGAAUGGGACAAAGCCAUUGAAGUUGUUGAAGCAUUGGACAAGGAGAACAACAAACAAUAUUACGAGAAAUUGGCUCGUCAUUUUGAAGCGAAUGGACAGUUCGAUGUAAUUUUACAUUCACCAUUUUAAUACCAAGGAUCUUACAAAAACGUAUCACUGUAAUUUCAGAAGGCCGAAAGAUUUUACUUGGAUGCGGAUAUGAUGAGAGAGGCCGUUGAGAUGUACAACAAAGCCGGCAGAUGGUCCGACGCUUACAAAUUAGCCUUGGAAAUGCUUGGCCAAGAACAAACCCAAGAACUAUACUUCGAAAAAGCUCAAGAAUUGGAGGAGCAGGGCCAAUACAACACUGCAGAAGAAUUGUAUGUGACUGUGGGAGAGCCAAACAACGCAAUUGCAAUGUAUAAAAGGCUAAAUCGAUUGGAAGACAUGAUGAGAUUAGUCGAGAGAUUCCAUUCAGAACAUGUAGACGAAACUCAUAUAAGACUAGCCCAGGAUUUGGCCAAACACGGAGAAUUAAAAAGCGCAGAAGAACAGUAUUUAUUGGCCGAUGAUUGGAAGUCUGUAGUGGCCAUGUACAAAGAUGAGGGGAAGUGGGCUGACGCUUAUCGAGUGGCACAAAGUCAUGGGGGAGAUCUUGCACACAAACAAGUCUGUAUUGCCUGGCCGUUCAUUUGAUCCGUCUUUAGGUUUCCUAUUUAUGGGCUAAAAGUCUUGGUGGAGAGGCAGCCAUUAAAUUGUUACAACGUCAUGGGGCACUGGAAGAUGCAAUCGACAUUGGAGUAAAUAAAGGGUAAGAUUGCAAACCGAAAUCAUUCACUCUUUCCAGAGACUUCGACUUCGUCUUUGAAUUGUGCCGACUGGGAUGCCAACAUCGAUUACAAGAAGUACAAGUAAAACACGCUGAACAUCUUGAGGAUGAAGGGGAUCUUCGGAGAGCAGAAACCUUCUAUUUGCAAGCCGGAAAAAUCAGAGAAGCAGUACUCAUGUAUAUCCACAGCCAAGAAUGGAUCGAAGCGGAAAGAUUGGCUAGGUACUGUGAUAAGUCAUCAAAUAAUAAUUGUCAUCGUAAUUUAGACAAUACGCACCUGAGAUGGCGGAUGAAGUCUACAUUAACCAUGCCCGAGCAGCACUCGAAGAAAAAGACACUGCAAACGCAGAAAGCUAUCUUCUGAGGGCAAACCGUGCAGAUAUCAUUUUGAAAUACUACAGAGAAAUGGAAAUGUGGCCCGAUGCCAUCAGAAUUGCCAAAGAAUACGUUCCAGAAUACCUGACAGAAGUCGAAAACGAAUAUGAAAACGUGCAGUUACGCGCUGGUGAACGAGGCGCUCAAUCUUUCCUGGUCAGAGCAAAAGAUUUCGAACUAGAUGGAGAAUAUGAGAAGGCUGUCGAAAAUUAUUUAAAAGUGGACACAACGCUCACAAAUGACACAAAUUUAAUAACGCAGGCACUUCGGAAAGCCGGCGAGCUAGUGUCUAAAUUUUUUGGAUCAGAUCAAAAGAUUGAGAUUGGAUCCAGAGUGGGAAACCGAUUGACUGAACUAAAUGAAAACUUGGCAGCCAGCGAAGUUUAUCUGGCUGUGAAUAUGAAUAAAGAAGCAAUCCAUUCUCUGAUGAUGGCCAAUGAAUGGUCAAAGGCACAAAAGGUGACAUAGUUUUAUAGUAGAGGACUUCUCUUUUGUUUAGAUAGCCGAAGAAUUACAGCCCGAUAUGAUCCCCGAAGUGGACCAGGGGUAUAAGGAUUACCUUAAAAACCAAGGUCGUGUUGGAGAACUGGUUGAUGUCGAUGUGCUUAGUGCGAUAAAUGUGUAUGUCAGCCAAAGUAAUUGGGAGAAAGCUCUGUCUACCGCAGCUCAACAAAAUGUAAGGAAACUUAGAACAUAGAUAGAAACGCGUUUAUAAUUAUACGCUAAUACUAGUACUACUAUUUACCGUUGAAACAGACCAGGUAGGGGGUAUCAUUGUUUAACGUAUUAUCUACCGUUCCGGGAGAGUCACUAAUUCCGGAAAUGGCGUGCUGCUGAUAGAAAAUGUUGUUUCAGCAUCCGGCGCUGCUAGAAAAGUAUGUCGCCAUGUACGUUAGCGAACUCAUUCAAGCCGAAAAGUUCAACGAUGCCGUGAAGUUAUUUGAGCAAUAUGGUACCCCACUAAAUACAUUUAACACCUACAAGAUGUUGCUCGAUGUUAUGAUAAACCAAAAGAAUAUAAGUUAUGAAGAUUUGAGCCAUCUGAGAAAUAUGAUCCUAAAGUUGAAUGUUAACAUGAUCAAUCAUAAAACCGAGGUCAAUGAAAGAGUCAGAGAGGUUGGUAACAACGGCUUAUGUAACGCUUUUAAGGUGUUUAACCGAUAUCUCUACGUCCUACAUUACUAUUGCCUAUGCCUAGCCCUGCAAGAUACCGAAAAUCCAGACAUUGAGAAGCUUGUAGUGAGACUAAAGAUAUCCAUGCUGCGAUAUGUUGAUCUAGUGCAACCCGACAAGCUCUUUUACGAAGCUGGAAUCGCUUGCAGUGUAAAGUUUUAACAAAAAAUAUAAUUUGUUUAGAAAGUACAAGGGUACGAAAAUAUGGCCUUCACUUUCCUCAAUCAAUUUGUGGACAUUCACAACGCGGUCGAAACAAAUGAUCCAAGUGAGGUAAACAAUGAUAUCUUCGAAGGAACCGACAUUCCAGUACAUUAUACACUCCCACAAGAAGCAUAUCUAGGUGUAAGAAAACGGUUCGAGCUAUGCAUAAACACAAUAACUUCAGGAAGACGAAUACGAGAAAAUAAACGAGAUGGUACUGGAAAUGUCAGCGGAUAGAAAAACGGAAAAAAAGCUUAAGACAGAUUCCAGAGGGUGCUACGAAGCGAGCUCCGUGGAUUUAGAAGGCCGAGUCUAUCCUACUUGUCUCUUAUCUGGUUACCCCAUCUUGGACACACCCAAGAUCUUAUCCGAAGAAAUGUUCGUGGAUCCUAAGACCUGGCAUCAGUUCAUCACACUGAUUCGAACCAACCCUUCAGAUAAUUUAUUCGAUAUUCAGUCAUUCUUGUCCAUGUGGACCGGAACUACAGUAUCCAUAACCUAUUAA